AGUUAAUUAUGCUUUAGGUUUAUGGUUAAUACGAAAAUUGAAAUGUUUUUAUAGAAAUAAAAAAUGGGUGCUUAUAAAAUAACAGUGGAAGUACCUCUAGCGUUGUGUUACUUCAGUUUUCAACUAGUGGGUAAUUAACUCAAUGUUAACGGUGUCUAUUAAGUUUUGGUGGCACAUAUCGAAAUAUAAAUUGACGUUUUACAUCGAACGAUCAUUGAUAAGAUACUGUUUUUCAUUGCCUUGUCCCUUAGGUAUAAAUUUCAGAAUAAUAUCAAGUAAUGAUAUUUUACUUAUAAAGACAGAGGGGAGCACCUCAUACCACACGGAAUUUUGUGGCGUAAGUGGUGUCCCACCAUGUUGGGAACUUAAUAGUCAACCUGAACAUGUACAAAGUCUGUUACAACAUAUUGAAGUACCCAGAGGCUGUAUGUGUAAGAUUGGGUCGAUAUACUGAUAACGCUACUAGAGAACUAGAAAAUGAAGUACAACCCUAUGCUGGAACUAUAACGACUAUAUCGGAAAUGGUUCCUGUAACAAUACCGAUCGUACUAUCGUUGAUGAUAGGAUCAUGGUCGGAUAAACAUGGAAGGAAACCAGUGUUGGUUAUUAUAUUAUUAUGUAUGUCUUUUGUUUUUAUGUAUGACAUUGGGAUUUUCAAUUGGUGCAAUAAUAUUAAGUUUUAAAGAAAUUAAUCCAUGGUGGAUAAUGAGUAGUACAAUCCCCAGUGUUUUAUGUGGAGGAAUAAUGACAUUUUUUAUUAUUGUAUUGUCCUAUUUAAACGAUACUGCCACACCAGAAAAUAGGGCUUGGAGAAUGGUCAGUAUUGACGCCAUCCAAAUUGGUACAACACUCGCAGGAGGUAUAAGCAGCUCAUUUAUACUAUAUGCUACUAGUUAUUCAUCGAUAUAUGGAACCUGUGCCUUACUGGUAGCAACGGGUUGUGCUUACGCUUAUUUCUUCUGUCCAGAAUCUCUAAAAAGGAAAUCCGAAGAAAAACCGACUAUCAAAAGUCUAUUUCAAUGGAACAAUAUAACAGAUUUGUUUAAAGUGGCUUGGAGAAAACGAGAAUAUGGAAAAAGAACACUAAUUUUCCUUCUCAUGUCGUCUCAAAUAAUUGUUCAUUUCGUAGUAUAUGGAGAGGUUACUGUUAAGACAUUAUAUUUGAGAAAUAGAUUUAACUGGACCAUGCAGGAGAAGAAUAUUUUUAGCGCUUAUUCUAGUGUGUUGAUAGUGAUUUGUACAAUUGCCUGUACAUAUUUGCUUCACAAAAAGUUUAAAAUUAGAGAAGGUGUGUUAGUUAUUAUGUCUUUGACGUCUACCAUUGCAAGUACUCUGCUGUUUGCACUUAGUAAUACAGAUAACUUCCUCUAUAUAUCUGCAGUAGCUGGUAUGUUUUCUGGACUAGCAAUACCAAUGACACGAACAAUGAUGGCAAAACUAAUCGUUCCUGAAGAAAUGGGAAAACUGUUUUCCCUAGUAAUGGUUAUAAAUACUAUCGGUAUGUUGGUGUCAUCGGUGAUGUAUCAACAGAUAUAUAAUACAACAAUGAAAAAUCACCCAGAAAUUUUUAACUAUAUCAGCUUUGGGUUGUAUGCUUCGGUUGUGGUUAUUGUAAUAUUUGUAAUGAUUUUUGAAUCUCGUAUACCAGGUGAGGACAUUGAUGAAAAGAAUAAAAACGUUAUAAAUAGUGAAUAAAUAAUUUAAAAUAAUAGAAUUUUAUUUGGCUCAUAAUUAACUUACCUAAUAGAUCUUGAGAUUUAUCGAAAGAAUAGACAAAAUUAUAUAAGUGUUGUAUAAAAAUUUCGCAAUAUAUAAU